UUACAGCAUCGCGCGUCAUCAUGUUGCGGGAAACGUAGCGAUUUGAUCAGAUAACCAUUCAAAUUAAGAGUGCCUAGUGCCUACAUAAGAAUUAUUCACCUUCUACGAACGCAUCAUACAUCGUCAAGAAUAACAAAAUCAUCAACAUUAAUUAAAACUUUUCGCCGAAAUAUUGCAAAAUUUGAAGAUGACCAACCUUACGCAAUUUGUUAUCACCUGCAGUAUUUAAUACGUCCACAGUACCUAUUUGAUCGUGUAAAUUGUCAGUUUCAACUGUCGAAUACAUAGUCGUGCAUUAAUUUGUAAGUAGCGUACUAAGUAGUUGCGGAAUCGUGCGCAAUAUUUUUAUUUACUUUUCGAGUAGACGCAUUCUGAAAUUGAUCCGAGUAAUUUUUCUCGUGUGUUCUCAAAGUUGCGAGAGUAAUUUUCCAACACUAUAUUCGAAAUGAAUUUUGCAGCCUCUCCGGACAUUGAGUUUCAGAAAAUUAAGUGUAAAAAGAGGACAGUUCAUAAUGGAUGGAACAUUUUCGAUUUGCCCGAGAGAAGCGAGGACGAUAGCUUUCACGUUCUCGACCUAGCAACUACCAAGGGUUACGGAUACCGCAUGUUUUUUCCAAUCAGUAAACAAGAAAAUGACGGUCUGAAGCUGAAAUUCAAUGUGAAAGCUCACAGCGACGGUCAUAUCUUACUAUCACCCGAACAGUAUCCAAAAGACGAAUCACCAGUUUACGAAAUCGUUUUGGGGGCAGGAGAAAACACGUAUUCGGUAAUCCGCAGGAAAAAAAGGUGCGAAAACAAAGUUAUUACGAACUGCAAACAGUUUUUGGUGUCUCCUGACGAAUGGCGUGAAUUCUGGAUCGAAAUGAAGGGAAAUAAAAUACAAGUAAGAAGAAAAGACAGCGGUGCUUUCAUGGAAUGGGAAGAUCCCGAACCUCUGCCGAUAAAGUAUUACGGUUUUUGUUGUUGGAAUGAUGCCCCAGCUUCGUGGAUUGUAUUACCAUCACAACCAUCACCACCAUCAUUCUGGGCAGAUCUCGAUGUAUCAAGAUCAACCCAUCGUACCACGGGUUAUGGAUACCACAUUUUUUCCCCAAUCAGUAAACAGGAAAAUGACGGCCUGAAGCUGAAAUUCAAUGUGAUAGCUCCCAAGGACGGUUAUAUCUUACUAUCACCCCAACAGUUUCCAAAAGACGAAUCACCAGUUUACGAAAUAGUUUUAGGGGCAGGAGAAAACACGUAUUCGGUAAUCCGCAGAAAAAAAUUGGGCGAAAACAAAGUUGUCACAUAUUCCGCAGAGUCUUUGGUGUCUCCUGACGAAUGGCGUGAAUUCUGGAUCGAAAUGAAAGGAAAUAAAAUACAAGUAGGAAGAAAGGACAGUGGUGCUUUCAUGGAAUGGGAAGAUCCCGAACCUCUGCCGAUAAAGUAUUACAGUUUUAGUUGUUAUGACAAUGCCAUAGCUUCGUGGAUUAUAAUGCCAAUUUUAUUUUAAUACUAGCAUAAUAUUGUAGACUUGUUUCCAUUAUACAAUUCAUUCGAUUGAUUACAUACAAUAAUAUUU